AGUGACCUAUGGUCUCUGGGAAUCACUGCUAUUGAAAUGGCCGAAGGAGCUCCUCCCCUGUGUGACAUGCACCCCAUGAGAGCGCUCUUCCUCAUCCCACGGAACCCGCCCCCAAAGUUGAAAUCCAGAAAAUGGUCAAAGAAAUUCCUAAACUUUGUUGAAAGCUGUCUUGUCAAAAAUUAUUUGCAUCGUCCGUCCACUGAAACCUUGCUUAAGCAUUCUUUCAUCCGAGACAUGCAGAAUGAACGGCAAGUGCGCAUCAUGCUGAAAGACCACCUGGACAGGACCAGGAAGAAAAAAGGAGAAAAGGAAGAAACGGACUAUGAUUACAGUGGAAGUGAGGAGGAAGAUGAUGAGCUGAAUGAAGAUGAAGGAGAACCAAGCUCCAUAGUUAAUCUCCCGGGGGAGUCGACUCUCCGUCGCGAAUUUCUGAGGCUGCAGCAGGAGAACAAAAACCGUUCUGACCCUCAUCGCCAGCAGCAGCAGCUGAAGGACCAGGAGAAGUACAAGAAGCAGCUGCUGACAGAGCGGCAGAAGCGCAUCGACCAGCAGAAAGAGCAGAGGCGGCGGCUGGAGGAUCAUCAGAGGCGAGAGCAGGAGCUACGAAGGCAGCAGGAGUGUGAGCAGAGGUGGCCAGAGGCCAAGGCCACUCAGAGGAAGGAGGAGAGGUGUAAGGACGACAAAAGGGCUGUGGAAGAUGAACGGUUCAUAGUAGAUGGACAGCGGAAGUCAGAAAAGAAGCAGAAGGUGGAAGAUGUGCCACACAACAGGAAGGUGCACCGAACUCUCCCCAAAGAUCAGACACAGCUGCUGUCUCUCCAGCAUGACCACAAGCAGAAGAAGAAGGAGCCUUCCAAGAGUUCAAAUUUAGCACUGCAUCCUCCAUCAAGCAGUACAAGCAAAGAGGCCGAGGACCGAAAAAAGAAAAGUGACAGCAUCCAGCCUUCCCUCCAGUGGCCAGCGGUGUUGGGGCAUGAAGCCACACCACAUGCCAGGAUGGGGUCUGGCAGCAGUUCCAGCCCUUGCACCCCCGCGCCACAGAGAGCCGUGUUAGUACAGUGUGAAAAUUUCCGGGCUAGUAAGGACGUGUACCACAGCAGUUCACUGUCAGAUAUGGUGACGACACCACUCAGCCCUGUGCAGGAUGACGUAUUCUGGAGCGUGAGUCAAAAUGAAGAACAACCCCCAAAGGUUCCAGAAAGGACAACCUCUAAAUUUUACAACAGGGAUCAGCCUGGCCAUCAGAGAUGUCUUUCAAGUAACACUCAUCAGUCAUCCCCCGGGGGACAUGCUCUGAAGCUAAACAGCAGCAGCAGCACUCCUGGCAACAAGCAGUGGGAGAUGGGAUCUCAUCAGAGCAGCUGGUCAACCUCAGGGAAUCCAGGACCGGCCAAGGCAGAGAAUGCUUUGUCCCAGAACCACUUGCAGCUGCCUAAGAAGUCUGAAAAAAUAUCUCAUCCAGGGCAGAUUGCAAGUUCAGGCUCCUUUGCCAAGGGAAAGGACGGUGCCAGCUCAUUCUUAAAAGCAGCAGACUAUUCCUCAUCAAGUGACGAAGUCAGCAGCAGUGAUGAAGAUGACACAAACCACACAGGGCAACUGCUAAGCAGCAGAGUGGCAGAUUUCUCAAGGACGAGAGUACCAGAUGGAAUUGAACUGAAACCCCAAAGCACCGUCGCAGAACAGAAGGAUCAGAUUUUAGGGAAACAAAUUUCUAGCACCCAAGAAGGCCUCUGGAGCGUAAACAACCAGAACUAUCUCCUGCCAGAUCUCCUCCAGCAAAGCCAAAUUUCAGACUCUUCUGUGAACCAACCAAAAGUGCCACUGACUAGCCAGGAACCUCAGAACAAACCUCUGCAUAAGACCCCAUGCACUGAAAGCACACCUUCAAAGAGCAGUACGUCAUCUACAGCAUCGUUUACUGCAUUCAUAGAUCCUAGACUUCUGCCAAUCACCCCUCCCACCAGUCCUGUAGGACCUUCCUGUAGUUCUCCAUCCAGUGCAAAACCUGAGCCUGUCAGGAGAGAAAAUGCAAGGAAGGGCUCCGUUGUCAACGUCAACCCAACAAAUAUCCGCCCGCAGAGUGACAGUCCAGAAAUUCGUAAAUACAAGAAGAAAUUCAACUCAGAGGUCCUUUGUGCUGCCUUGUGGGGAGUAAAUUUACUGGUGGGAACAGAGAAUGGAUUGUGGCUGCUGGACAGAAGUGGUCAAGGAAGAGUUUAUUCACUGAUUACAAGGAGACGAUUCCAGCAAAUGGAUGUUCUGGAAGGACUCAAUGUGCUAAUUACUAUAUCAGGGAAGAAGAAUAAGUUGAGGGUAUAUUACUUAUCAUGGCUGAGAAAUAAAAUUUUGCGCAAUGAUCCAGAGGUGGAGAAGCGGCAAGGCUGGGUGUCUGUGGGUGACCUGGAAGGCUGUGUACACUACAAAGUCGUAAAAUAUGAGAGAAUCAAAUUCCUUGUAAUUGCUUUGAAAAACUCAGUGGAGGUUUAUGCGUGGGCUCCAAAGCCUUAUCACAAAUUCAUGGCUUUUAAGUCCUUUACCUCUCUUCAUCACAAACCACUGUCGGUUGACCUGACCAUUGAAAAUGGACAAAGAUUAAAAGUCAUAUAUGGCUCACUAGUAGGCUUUCACGCUAUUGAUGUGGACUCUGGAUCUGUGUAUGACCUGUACCUUCCAACACACAUCCAGGGGACAAUUCGCCCACAUGCCAUUAUCAUCCUCCCGAAUACCAGCGGAAUGGAGCUUUUACUCACCUAUGAAGAUGAAGGCAUCUACAUUGAUAUAUACGGGCAUUUCACAAAGGAGACUGUUUUGCAGUGGGGAGAAAUGCCAGCGUCUGUAGCUUACCUUCAAUCUAAUCAGGUCAUGGGCUGGGGAGAGAAGGCGAUCGAACUACGCUCUGUGGAAACGGGAAAUCUGGAAGGAGUAUUUAUGCACAAGAAAGCUCAGAAGCUAAAAUUUCUAUGUGAAAGAAAUGACAAGGUGUUCUUUGCAUCUGUGCAGUCAGGAGGCAGCAGUCAAAUAUACUUUAUGACUCUUGGUCAAAAUGUACUAUUCAACUGGUAAAUCACAUCAAAAUGAAGGAUGCUUUGAAAUUCACUGUAGGUAGCAGUGUAAAAUGCUUGGAGGUAAUAUACACAAAUUUGCACUUUUUACCUACAAAGGUUUUGCCAUUAUUAACUUAUCAAAAUUCAUAUUCUUUCAAUUUGGAAAGAAUUCCAUUUUCCUGUCAAAGUACUGCAAACAUGUUUAGUUUGUCUUCUAAAAUAUGUUGCAAACCAAGAUUGUAUUCACAGUGUUAGGAGAGAACAACUUCAGUGAAGAAUGUAGCCAAUAUAAGAAACUCCUGAACUCUGAAAAAUGUACAGUUUCAUUUUUGCAGAUGAUGUAAUAUAGUUAUCUUGAAC